AUGUGGAUCACCGUGAGUUUGCUCUGCUGCUUGGUGCUCGGGGGGCUGCCGUGGGCAGGCACCUCGUGCCCCUCGCAGUGCAGCUGUGCCUUCCACAGCCUCAACGAAGGGACGAAAGCCAGGACGGUGCUGUGUAAUGACCCAGAGAUGACCCUCACCCCCGUGAACAUCCCUGUAGAUACAUUCAAGCUUCAAAUAGAGAAGACAGCCAUCCGCAGGGUGCCAGGGGAAGCUUUCCACGCACUUCACAACCUGGAGUACCUCUGGUUACCCUAUAACUCCCUGGCCAGCCUCAGCGGGAUCACCUUCAAGGGCCUCCGUCGUUUGCUGGAGCUGAGGCUAGAUGGAAAUGACUUAAUAUCAUUUCCCUGGGAAACCUUGUCUGACAUGCCACAGUUAAGGCUUCUGGAUUUACACAACAACGAACUUACCUCAAUCCCUCCAGAUGCUGCUCGUUACAUCAAGAAUAUCACGUACCUGGACCUUUCUAGCAACAAACUGAUGACUCUUCCUCAGGCUCUUAUUUCUACCUGGGCCAACCUGCAAGCAGUCCCUUACUUUCCCAAUGAUAACUCCAAGAUCAUCUUAGGUUUGCAAGACAAUCCUUGGGCGUGUGACUGCAGUCUGUAUGAAAUGGUCCAUUUCCUGAAUUUCCAGUCUCCCAACAUAGCGUUCAUUGAGCCCAGGCUGAAAUGUUUCACCCCUCGCAGCCUUGCAGGAGUCUUCUUCAGCCAAGUUGAGCUAAGGAAGUGUCAAAGCCCUGUUGUACAUACGUCUGUAGCCAAAGUAAAGACCAUCCUGGGCAGCACUGUGCUACUGCGAUGUGGGACAACGGGGGUGCCCAUUCCUGAGCUCAGCUGGAGAAGGGCUGACGGUGCUCCACUAAAUGGCACAGUGCACCAAGAGAUCUCUAGUGAUGGGAUGAGCUGGUCUAUCCUGGGCCUUCCUGUAGUCUCUUACCUUGACUCUGGAGAGUACAUUUGUAAAGCAAAGAAUUUCCUGGGGGCAACAGAAGCAUUCAUAUCCCUAAUCAUCAUGGACUCAGAAAGCACGGAUGACCCCAACUCCAGUGAUAAAGGCACGUGGAGUGGGAAGGCAAGCGGGAUGGAGGCAGCUGCCUACAAUGACAAGUUAGUGGCAAGGUAUGUUAUCACCACCUCCACCAUGCCUACCCUAGGGGCUGGAGCAGGAACAGGAGAGGAUCUCCUCAUCCCAGCUGGAGCACAAGAUAGCAACCCCCAAAACCUACUGGUGAGCCCACCUACUGGUCAGCAGGAGCCAGAGCGAAUUGUGAGAUCUGUCAGGGUGAUAGGAGAUACUGACCAGAGUGUCACCCUGGCCUGGAAGGCCCCUCUGGCAAAGAACACGACAGUGUUCAGUGUCCUCUACGCUGUCUUUGGAGAGAGAGACAUGCGUCGGAUCAAUGUGGAACCAGGGAAGACCAAGGUCAGCAUUUAUGGGCUGCUACCAAAGACCAAAUACAUAGUGUGCGUCUGUGUGAAAGGGCUGAUCCCUAGGAAGGAGCAGUGCAUCAUAUUUUCCACAGAUGAAGUUGCUAGUGCAGGAGGGACCCAGAAACUCAUCAACGUGGUUGUCAUCAGUGUGGCUUGUGUCAUUGCCGUUCCUCUGACGCUGGUGGUCUGCUGCGGAGCACUGAAGAGACGCUGCAAAAAGUGCUUUGUGAGGAAACCCAAGGAAAUUCAGGAGUCCUAUGUCACCUUUGAAAGUCUUUCUCCUGGGGCCAAGGUGAAAGGAGUGGAAGGAGAAUACUUAACUAGACAUACCCCCGAUGAGUCUAACAGGCUCCUCUCUGCCCGAUCCAGUGUGGACUCCGAAGCAAUACCAAAGAUAGAGGGGCAACCAAAUGAAUACUUUUGCUGAUAGUUACUAGGCUGGUCAUUGCUUGUUAGAUGGAAAGUGUGUGGCUGUAUAUAUGACUGUGCUCCAACACUGCAUGCCAUUGUGUCAAUGCAUGUGUCUCAGACAAAUUCUGGAGGAGGAUGCAAGAAAGUAGAAGAUGCCCAGACUUUAUAGGAAUGUGACCAGCUAGAGUUCGAUGUUUUGUACUCAAUCAAAAUCUUCUGUGCUAACGGUCUCAUUCUCUUGGACCAUUCUUAUUUUCAUAAAAUGAUGCAUGCACACUGAGUGUGAGGACAUUAAGGAACACUUUUGAGCAUGCUCUGCUCAGUGCUGUUUAGUACCUGCUCUGAAAUAUGCUAAGUGUUUUAUUUGCAGCUCUUUUAUGGUUCUUUGGUUUACAAAUCGGGGAGUACUUGAUAAUUUUAGUACAAAUACCUGUGAAUGUGAAGAUAGAGUCUUACCUUUUAUGCACCACAUAUUUGCGUGAAACAGGCAAAUUCAUACUUAACAGAUAGCUAAAUACAACUGUUUGUAGUACAUCUAACAACAGUUUUAUAUUCUCAAUUCAAAGAAAUAUGCAAAGAGAUAUAACUCGAGACAAAAACAAUCGACUCCUAAGAACACGUAAGAGAGUAAGUUUGAGAAUGGCAUUUUGACCCUAACCACUGUUCUUAUCACACAAUUGAAAAACACUACCAUGCAGACCUUUCAGUAUCAGACCUAGCUGUUAUUUUCUAGCAGUGUUGUAAUUAGUACAGUAUGAUUUGUAUCAGCUAUGCUACUUAAAAAUCAUACAGUAGCCUCUUCUGCAAAUUAUGU